CCAUGCAAGCAGAGUCGCCUCUAAAGGGAACCUGCUCGGAAGCCGCGUAGGAUUGCCGAGUAAAACACGUGUCCUUAUUUAUAGACUUCUAACUGUUGGUUUGGUUUUUCGGAACACUUCUCUAAAGCCUCACACACGACCAUGGCCUGCUGUGGAGUUGUGUUGUUGUGGCUAUUGAGCACAACGUUGACGGGGACGACAACGGCAUACAAACACGUGGUCUUCAUGCAUGGUGUGCUGGCUGGGACUGAGGAAUUCACGCUGCUCGUCAAACAGCUGCAGACUGAUCACCCGGGCACGAACGUGACUCUCAUCAGUUCCUACAGUGAGGUGCGCAGUGUAAAACCGCUUUGGGUGCAGGUGAACACCAUCCAGUCCCAGGUUGCUGCGGUCAUGGCGGACAACCCUGCAGGCAUCCAUCUUGUCUGCUUCUCCCAGGGGGGACUGAUAUGUCGAGGUCUCCUGUCUGUGCUCCGUCACAACGUUGACACGUUCAUUGCCCUCAGCUGCCCUAUGGCCGGCCAGUAUGGAUACUCGGAUGACAUCAAGAAGUGGUACGAGAAUUAUCUCGCAAAAAACCUUUACAAGGUUUUGUAUACCAAGAAAGGACAGGAGAUUUCAUUCGGCAACUACUGGAUGGAUCCCCAUCACUUGACGGAGUAUCGCAAGUAUUCCCAGUUCCUCGCUGUCAUCAACAACGACACAGAACAAGGAAAAAGUCAAAUGUACAAGCAGAACUUCUCUCGCCUGAAGAAAUUAGUGCUGAUUGGUGGGCCAGAUGACGGAGUCAUCGGACCUUGGCAAUCCGGACACUUCGGGAUGUACAACUCAACCGAGACUGUUCUACCCAUGGAGGAACAAAGGUGGUAUAAAGAGGACAGUUUUGGACUCCGUACCCUCAACAACAGGAAGGCAAUCAAGAUGCUCACAUUCGCAGGCGUUACACAUACCAACUGGCACAAAAACAUGACCAUCUACCAGCAAGGCAUCAAGCCAUUCCUCACAUAAAUACGCACAGAACUAUCACACACCAACAUGACCAUCUGCCUGCUAGGCAUCAAGCCAUUCCUCACAUAAACACACACAGAACUAUCACACACCAACAUGACCAUCUGCCUGCUAGGCAUCAAGCCAUUCUUCACAUAAACACGCACAGAACUAUCACACACCAACAUGACCAUCUACCUGCUAGGCAUCAAGCCAUUCCUCACAUAGACACACACAGAACUACACACACCAACAUGACCAUCUACCAGCAAGGCAUCAAGCCAUUCCUCACAUAGGCACACACAGAACUAUCACACACCAACAUGACCAACUGCCUGCUAGGCAUCAAGCCAUUCCUCACAUAAACACGCACAGAACUAUCACACACCAACAUGACCAUCUACCAGCAAGGCAUCAAGCCAUUCCUCACAUAGACACACACAGAACUUUCACACACCAACAUGACCAUCUGCCUGCUAGGCAUCAAGCCAUUCCUCACAUGAACACACACAGACCUAUCACACACCAGCAUGACCAUCUACCAGGAAUACAUCAAGUCAUUCCUCACAUAGACACACUGAACUAUCACACACCAACAUGACCAUCUACCAGCAAGGCAUCAAGCCAUUUCUCACAUAAACACGUACAGAACUAUCACACACCAACAUGACCAUCUGCCUGCUAGGCAUCAAGCCAUUCCUCACAUGAACACACAGAACUACACACACCAACAUGACCAUCUACCAGCAAGGCAGCAAGCCAUUCCUCACAUGAACACACACAGACCUAUCACACACCAACAUGACCAUCUACCAGGAAUACAUCAAGUCAUUCCUCACAUAGACACACUGAACUAUCACACACUAACAUGACCAUCUACCAGCAAGGCAGCAAGCCAUUCCUCACAUGAACACACACAGAACUGCACACACCAACAUGACCAUCUACCAGCAAGGCAGCAAGCCAUUCCUCACAUAGACACACACAGAACUAUCACACACCAACAUGACCAUCUGCCUGCUAGGCAUCAAGCCAUUCCUAACAUAGACACACACAGAACUAUCACACACCAACAUGACCAUCUACCAGCAAGGCAUCAAGCCAUUCCUCACAUGAUCACACACAGAACUACACACACCAACAUGACCAUCUACCAGCAAGGCAGCAAGCCAUUCCUCACAUGAACACACACAGAACUACACACACCAACAUGACCAUCUACCAGCAAGGCAUCAAGCCAUUCCUCACAUAGACACACACAGAACUAUCACACACCAACAUGACCAUCUGCCUGCUAGGCAUCAAGCCAUUCCUCACAUGAACACACACAGACCUAUCACACACCAACAUGACCAUCUACCAGGAAUACAUCAAGUCAUUCCUCACAUAGACACACUGAACUAUCACACACCAACAUGACCAUCUACCAGCAAGGCAUCAAGCCAUUUCUCACAUAAACACGCACAGAACUAUCACACACCAACAUGACCAUCUGCCUGCUAGGCAUCAAGCCAUUCCUCACAUGAACACACAGAACUACACACACCAACAUGACCAUCUACCAGCAAGGCAGCAAGCCAUUCCUCACAUGAACACACACAGACCUAUCACACACCAACAUGACCAUCUACCAGGAAUACAUCAAGUCAUUCCUCACAUAGACACACUGAACUAUCACACACUAACAUGACCAUCUACCAGCAAGGCAGCAAGCCAUUCCUCACAUGAACACACACAGAACUACACACACCAACAUGACCAUCUACCAGCAAGGCAUCAAGCCAUUCCUCACAUGAACACACACAGAACUACACACACCAACAUGACCAUCUACCAGCAAGGCAUCAAGCCAUUCCUCACAUGGACACACUGAACUAUCACACACUAACAUGACCAUCUACCAGCAAGGCAGCAAGCCAUUCCUCACAUGAACACACACAGACCUAUCACACACCAACAUGACAACCUACCAGCAAGGCAUCAAGCCAUUUCUCACAUGAACACACAGAACUACACACACCAACAUGACCAUCUACCAGCAAGGCAGCAAGCCAUUCCUCACAUGAACACACACAGACCUAUCACACACCAACAUGACAACCUACCAGCAAGGCAUCAAGCCAUUUCUCACAUGAACACACAGAACUACACACACCAACAUGACCAUCUACCAGCAAGGCAUCAAGCCAUUCCUCACGGACAAUUACUUCCCUUCCCCGUUACAUUCUUACUAUAUCAAUUACAUGAGUUCCAGUUGGAAUGAAAUAGAACUGACAAAAAAAAGAAAAUAAUUAAGCUGGGGGUAAGAGUAUUCGGAAUCACGGAAGUCAUCACUCGUUUGUAAACAUAACGGUCAUUCGGUUACGAAUUCAAAUUUAAGCAUGGUUGUGGCCCCCCUAUCACAGUGGGGAGUUUUGACUUGUGGCAGCGAUAGUUUAGAGAGCUCCGCGAACGGGCUAUCGCUGUGAGGAGCUUUGGUGUGCCUCGUGUGACGUCAGACAGGACCGGAAUAUCUAUCAACAGCACCUCUAAAAUCGAGUAUGUGAUACUCAUACUGCUGAUACCACAGUUGGAGCAAGGGGACGCACCAUCAGUGAAAGAACAGUUAUGUCACGUCAUGCUGCGGUCGGCUCACGUUGCCGCUUCUGACAUGUGUUGACCACCGUGUCCUUUCCGGUGACCAUAACACCUUGUGCAUUAACGUUGUGAUCUUGCAUGUGUCAGUUCUGUGGAAUAAAUGAUGGUUUCUCAUA